GGUCAAUUAUGGAAUCAACUGCUAUAAAAUGGCAACUCACUCAUGGAUAAAGGGACCAUGUGCAGGGGAUCAAGAUUUUAGCUUGUGAAGUUGGGGUUCUGAGGCUAAAGACAGCCCAAGAAAUCAAACCUGAUAAAAAGUUCAAUUCUAAAAAAGAUUACAUCAGUUCUGUCAUCUGUGCCAAGCUGGAUGUAUUCAUAAAGGUAGCAAAAGCUGAUGAUUUCACAUGCUUCACUUGAAAGUUGAAACAAGGUUUAUAGUUCACAAUAACCAAGCUGUCAUUUAGCUUUUGAGCAAAUCUCUGCCGGCAGGCUUUCCUGGUGUUACUGUGAACUGUUGUCGCCAUAAGUUUUGCCCAAUCAAAGAAUUAGCCGUUGUUCAACAAGCAUCUCAGGGAAGUUCAGUUAUGGAUGGGUCCCAUAUGUUUUAUGACCAACCUAUGCAAGGUCAGGAUUCCUAUAGCUGGCAUCCCGAUCAGAAUCUAGGCCAGUACCCAAUUUCUGAUGAUGGUAGCCAAGAGAUGCACCUCUCUGCUGAGUCAUUUGAACAGCACUGCACCCUAGAGUCUUCAUCUGGAACUGGCUGUGACCCUGUUCACAAUUCUCCACCUUCUGCUGGUUUCUCCUCAAAUGAAAGUGCAAUUUCACAGCUGAAUUCUCGGUCAUGCCUAUUGGAUAUGCAUGACUCCUCUGAGAAUACCAGUAGUUCACCAGAUAGGGACUCUUACGUGACCCACAAGCUGAGAGAACUGGAAAGUAUGAUGCUGGAGCCUAUAGAUGAUCCUGACAUAUAUAAUAUUAUGACUCCAGCUGGACACAGCCACAUCACAUUUGAGGAAAAGAAGUAUAAGUAUUUGGUGGAGAUGACAUCCAGAGGAGAUUUAAAAGAAGCACUCUGUGCUUGUGCUCAAGCAGUUGCAAAUAAAGAUAUGCUUACAGUUGAAUGGCUGAUGAUGGAGUUACGGCAGAUGGUAUCAGUUUCCGGUGAGCCGAUUCAACGUUUGGGAGCCUACAUGCUGGAAGGCCUUGUUGCAAGGUUGGCAUCUUCAGGAAGUUCUAUCUACAAAGCACUCAGAUGCAAGGAGCCUGCGAGUGCUGAGCUUUUAUCUUACAUGCAUAUUCUCUAUGAGGUCUGUCCAUACUUUAAGUUUGGGUAUAUAUCAGCAAAUGGAGCAAUUGCCGAAGCAGUGAAAGAUGAAAAGAAAGUUCAUAUAAUUGAUUUUCAAAUUUCGCAAGGCAGCCAGUGGUUCACCUUAAUCCAAGCUCUUGCUGCUCGACCUGGAGGGCCUCCACAUAUUCGACUUACAGGCAUUGAUGAUUCAACCUCGGCUUAUGCACGUGGAGGAGGACUUGAUAUAGUGGGGCAGAGACUAUCAAGGCUUGCUCAGUCAUGUAAUGUACCUUUUGAGUUCCAUGCUGCUGCAGUUUCUGCUUCUGAAAUUCAACUGGAGAAUCUUGGAAUUCAACCUGGUGAGGCUAUUGCAGUUAAUUUUGCAUUAACACUUCACCACGUGCCUGAUGAAAGUGUGGAUACUCAAAAUCAUCGAGACCGACUGUUGAGGUUGGUUAAGAGCUUAUCUCCCAAGGUAGUAACUCUUGUUGAGCAAGAAUCAAAUACUAAUACCGCUCCGUUCCUUCCCCGAUUCAUUGAGACAUUAAACUAUUAUACGGCUGUCUUUGAAUCAAUUGAUGUUACUCUACCGAGGGAGCACAAGGAGCGUAUCAAUGUUGAGCAGCAUUGUCUUGCUCGGGAGGUUGUCAACCUUGUAGCAUGUGAAGGUGCUGAAAGAGUAGAACGUCAUGAACCUCUCAGUAAGUGGAGAUCACGGUUUGCCAUGGCUGGAUUUGUGCCCUAUCCAUUAAGCACUUUUGUGAAUGCUACUAUCAAGACUUUGCUGGAGAGCUACUCCAACAAGUUUACUCUUGAAGAACGAGAUGGAGCUCUAUAUCUUGGCUGGAUGAACCGACCACUGAUUGCUUCUUGUGCAUGGAGGUGAUAGCUAGAAGAUAUUUGAGGAACAUUUGUAUGCUUCAGACUGCAAGAUGAUUUGGUCGUGUUGUUCGUAGGUAAAAUAGCAUAACAAUGUUGAGACAUUAAUGGAUUAUCUUUCACCAAUGGUAAAGCAGCUAAUUUGCAAUAUAAGAGCUCUCAUCAAGUACUCAAUUUCAAACUGCU